UUUUAAUUAUAAUUAAAUUUGAUCAGUUACAUGUCAAGAAACCCAUGAUUAUCACUUCUUAAUUAUUCCUAUGCAUUUCUCCUAUAAAAAAACCCUCAAGCAUCUGAUAAUUCUUACCAUUUUUAAUCAUUUCUCACAAUUCUUACAUAGCAAAUGGCUUGCAAAGUUGUGUUUCUCCUUUUAUGCCUUACUUUUGUGAUUGCAAGUACAUCUGCAAUUAGGGACAUUCCCAUCAAAAUUACCAGCGGCAGUGGAAACUUGGUAGAUUGCUGGAAUGCGGUAAUGGAGAUAAAAUCAUGCUCGAACGAAAUCAUUUUAUUUUUCGUGAAUGGACCGACAAAUAAUAUUAACAUUGGAGCUGAGUGUUGCCGUGCCAUUGGUAUCAUCACUCGCAACUGCUGGCCUGCUAUGCUUACUUCUCUAGGUUUCACCGCGGAGGAAACCGACAUUCUAAGAGGCUAUUGUGAUAAUAGUGAUUCCGAUUCUGCUGCUGCUCCUCCGCUCGCUGCUACGUCGCCAACGCCAAGCAAUUAGCCCUAUAACCAACUCCAUGGGUUAAUGAAUGUAGAUGAAUAAGGUGGACAUGUUUUAAAUGUGUCUUGUGGUUUAGUUUCCCAUGCUUUUAUUGUGUUUCUGUUUCUUUGGUAGUAUGUAAUUCCAGUUGGUCUUCUUGGAAAAUAUAAAUUGAGAAUAUUGUUCUAAUUGGAGAUCCAAUUAUAAAAAUAUGUGGAAAACACAAGCCAUGGGAAAUUGAAAAUUCAAAUAAUAAAUUUUCAAAAUUUAUAGUA